CUGGCAACAACUGGCAACGAUCCUUGAAGAACGAACUUGAGCCUCACACCCCAAGGCCUGGUUAAUUUACUGCCUGGCUCUCUUCCGGUGCCUCCCCUCGAACCUCUCGAACCACGUACUCCAUGCCAAUGUCGGCUCUAAUACAAAUUCCCCGACAAUAUGACUGAAGCGGCUGUAAAUGGAAUCGUCGCUGGCGACCUGGACAUGAAAGCAGCGAAGCUCGCUUUGUCCUCGUCUUCGACUGCCACCAGGAUUGCCCAAUUGCGAACUCUCGAGGAGAAGUUGUCCCAAAAUGCUCUCGACCGUUCCUCAACCGUCGGCCUGCUCAAGGUCCUCUUCUGGACUCACUCCUUUUACUAUGACCGCCCCUCCCGUCGAGCUGUCCAGAAGUGUCUGGUUGCCAUUGCGAAUACCGGGGACCCAGACAUCUUGAGCCCCGUCGUGGCGGCAAUCCGCCAGGAGGCUCAGAAGAAUGCGAUCGCAACAAGCAAUGCCUUCGGCCUGGUCGAGUGGUGCAGCCUUCUCAUGCAACAUUUGUCCGGUACGCCAUUAUGGGACAAAUUUGGGAGGGAUAUUCUUCUGGCCGACGCCGACGCUCUCGAGAAAUGCUUGCAAGAACAGUCAAAAAGUGCCAUUGCGGACUCGGCCCUCGUCAUAACGAGGAGGGGAUUCCGAAAACUCGUAUCUGGGGAAGAAGGCAGGGAAACGGUCAUCAGCGGCGCAGUCGAGGUACUUAGCGCCAAAGGAAGCCAGCCAACGGCGAAGAAUGCCGUCCUGCUUGGUGUUGUUGCUGGUGUUUGUUCUAGGAACUCAGCCGCUAAGCCCAUCUUGGCGAAGCUUAAGGCCUCCUACCUCUCCUUUUAUAUCCGGGAGAUCGUUGGCUCUAGAACGCCCCUACCCAAACAUCUGGCUGGCGGGCUCGGCGAUUUCUUCUCCGCCUUCGUUUCUUACGAGGACUUGGAAACGGACGUCUUCCCGGCAUUGGAAAAGGGGCUUCUGCGAGCCCCUGAAGUCGUGCUCAACGACCUCAUCACGCCCCUCGUGGGUGCUCUACCAACAUCCUUUGAUCUCUCCGAGGCAUUGAGGGGGCGGCUGUUGAAGCCAUUGCUUUCGAAUAUCAAAUCCUCCAGCCCUACCAUCCGCACUGGCGCCGUGUCCGCUUUCAAACAGCUAGUUGCCGCUUCCAAAGACUUUACCGUCCUCGCACAGGUUGCUGACGAGAUCCUGGCGCCCCUGAAGACUGGAAAACUUGCGUCUGCAGACCACAAAGUAUUGCACUCGGACAUGUUGGAAACAUUACCCAUGACCGCCGACAUUGCCUCCAAGAUCGGAACCGCGCUUCCUGCCGUGCUAGGCAAGGAAGGCAAUGAAGCUGCACUGGCGGCCGAAACCUCGGCCCUCAAGACUGCGACGGUUUUCUUACUUUCAGGUGAUGGCGAGGUGCCGAAAGCCCUCGUUGACGCUUACCUGAAAGGCUUGGCCGAGAAGAAGCUACCGAUUCGAAGGAUAUGGAUUCUUCGCACAGGAGAGGUUCUUUACUUCUACACCAGUCGUGAGGGUAGUCUCUCUCCAAAUGCCGUCAAAUUCGCCGAGGCCGUUUUCCCACUGUUGAUGGAGACGUUCAACGAAGUUAUUGCGAACCCACUAGCAGCGUCCCAGAACGGCCUUGUGACUGGCGCCCUGGUCGUCUGCAGUGUGGCCUCUCUGCUCCAGCAGUGCUCCAACUUGGCCCCAAUGGCAAAGAAAUACCAAGUGCUGAAACAUGCUCUCGCCUAUGAACCGAAACCCUCCUUUCUUCUCAGCCCUCGUGUCUACAGUAAACUGACUUCGGAGGACGAUUUCAGGUGGCUUUACCGGGGACUCUCAGCUGUCGCCCCUGGGGUCACCUCUGCUGAACAGUCGGCCGUCAAGUCGGCGUGGUCUCAGGCGUUCAUAUAUUUGAUUUGCUCACCACAAGUCGCCGUCACCACACCCAAAGAGGUAGGUGGCACCACUCUACGCAGAGAGAUAUGUGACGCCCUCACGGGCCUCUAUGCCCGCUCCGGAGGCACUGUCGCAGAGAUGAUCAUUGAUGGCAUCUGGGAUUGGGUGCAAGCCCUGGAAACGGGCGAUAAGGAGAGCGCGGCAGCACUAUCGAGGGCGGAGACCUCCACUCUGUAUCUGGUUCUCAAGGCGAUCUGUCUUCCUCCAAAGGAGUACUCGGAGUUGGAAGGGGAGGAUCUACCAAAGGAGAGGCUGGAGUCCCAAAUGUGCUCCCUUCUCGUGCUGGCGCGCCCUGAACUUCUUCCGCGCGUGAGAUGGAUCGAACUCUGCCUGAGGGUGGAGCUAGACCCUGGAGACCUAGCUCGUAAAUACGAACGGGCACUGCUAGAUCAAGUGGUGCAAAGGACCAGUUUCGAUCAAAAGUCGCCCAGGAUUAAGGAUGCCGCCUUCAAGGCAACCGCCGAGCUUGCCUUCGUCGCCCCAGAGACCAUGACUCCUCGAAUCCUCGAACUCAUCGAGCGGGAUUUGGCUGUCUCCGGCGUCCAGGCCAUUGGUCCGUUGGAAGCAGCAAUAUUCCGGACCCCUGAAGGAACUGCCUUUGUCGAUGUCCUCGCCAAGAAACAGAACGUCGUGCCGAACAAGAACACAAAGGACUACGACACACUAAAGUGGGAAGAAGAGCUCAGGGCCCAGUUAGCGCAGAAAAAGGGGACGACGCAGAAGAAGCUCACGGCAGACGAGUCGGCGAAAGUCAAUGCUCAGCUGAAGAAGGAAUCCCAGAUUCGCGAGAAUGUACGCGGCAUCGCGGCUAGACUGGAGAGAGGAUUUGGAGUCGCCAGAAGCCUCGCCACGGGCCCUCCCACAGAGACGGUCCGGUGGAUUGGUCCCGUUGUGAAGUCUAUUCUGGAUGUCAUGGACGCCGGUGCCUGCCUCGUCACCGGGGACGUGGGGCCAAUGGCUUAUAUCUCCUGCUCUGACUCCGUCACGCAUAGACUGGGCUCUAUCCGGUCGUUCAUCGGAGUCGCUACUCUGAGAGCUCACGAUGUGAGCUCUCUGCCGGCAAAUCUCCAGGAGGAGCCGCUUGGGGAUCUUGUUACGAGAGUUCUGUAUCGGCUACGAUUCGCAGGCGAACAGCGGCCCUUCGACUCGGUCUCCUUGAUCUACAUCUUGCCAUUGCUGCUCCUGAUCCUUCAGAAUGGCGGGUGUGGCGACGCAGCGGAUGAUCGAGACGCCCAGCUAGUCCUGGCCGUCGAGAUUCUGUCAUUCCACACGGACGUGUGUGCCGAUGAGGCAAUACAGCGCGGCGAGAUAAUAUCAACGCUCAUCUACGCCAUGCAACAGUACAGCCAGCACUACAAGAUCAUCAAGGACUGCUUUGCAGACAUAGUCCGCUGCAUUGCCCCCAAUAUCAGCCCGGAAGAGAUCGACGUCCUGUCUCGCGGCUCAAUUGUGCCGGAGACUGCGGUCAGGACAACUGUGCUGCAGUCUAUCAGCGCUGAGAUCGAUAUGAGUGAAGCUGACUUCUCGGAGGAGAUCUGGCUCGCUUGCCACGAUGACCUAGAGGAUAACGUGGACCUCGGCCGCGAGAUCUGGGAGGAGAGCGAGUUCGCAGUGUCGGAAGAAACCCCCGCCCAGAUGCUGCCUUACCUUGAUAGCAAGGACUCGCAGCUCCGGCGAGCUGCUGCCAGGUCCCUGGCUGAGGCUACCACUGUCCACUCGUCGACUCUGGAUACAACUCUGGAGCGACUGAGGGAUUCAUAUAUCGAGCUGGCCAAGCCCCGCACCGCACAACUGGACGAAUUCGGCAUGCCAAAGAAGGUUGACCUGUCGGACCUCUGGGAAUCGAGGCAUGGCAUCGCGUAUGCCUUCAAGGAACUUGCUCCGCAUCUCGGUAAGGACCAGCUCGAGCCAUUCUUCGACUUCCUUAUCGAGGGUGGUCCCCUCGGAGACCAAAAUGCCACGGUUAGGAGUGAGAUGCUCGAGGCUGCGAACGCCGCCAUCGAGAUACACGGAAAGAGCAUCGUCGAGAAGCUUAUGAAGACGUUUGAGAAGACAUUGGAGGUCCCAGACAAGAACUCGGAAGCUGCUGAUAGGGUUAACGAGGCGGUCAUCAUCAUGUAUGGAGCGCUGGCACGACAUCUCGAGCCAGGGGAUUCCAAAACCCCCAUCGUCAUCCAGCGGCUACUUGCUACUCUGAGCACCCCUUCCGAGACUGUCCAAUAUGCAGUCGCCGAGUGCCUGCCCCCGCUCAUCCGUACCUGCGGAGACAAGUCGUCCACAUAUUUUGACCAGAUUCUCAAUACGCUUCUCACUUCGAAGAAGUACGCCGCCCAGCGAGGCGCUGCUUACGGGCUUGCCGGGCUCGUUCGCGGCCGAGGAAUCUGUGUUCUCAGGGAAUCUCGCAUCUUGGUUACGCUAAAGGGGGCAAUGGAAAACAAGAAGGAGGCCCACCAGAGGGAGUCAGCAUUGCUUGCAUACGAACUUCUCUCCACCAUCCUCGGCCGGCUCUUCGAACCAUACGUCAUCCAGAUAGUCCCACAGUUGCUCGCCGGCUUCGGCGACGCCAAUGCAAACGUGCGCGACGCGUCGCUCGCGGCAGCCAAGGCGUGCUUCGGAAAGCUGAGCUCCUUUGGCGUGAAACACAUCCUCCCGACCCUGCUUGAGGGCCUCGACGACCAACAAUGGCGGAGCAAGAAGGGGGCGUGCGACCUUCUCGGCGCCAUGGCCUACUUGGAUCCUCAGCAACUCUCACAGAGCUUGCCAGACAUCAUCCCGCCCCUUACCGCGGUUCUGAAUGACAGCCACAAGGAGGUCCGGAUGGCUGCCAACAAGAGCUUGAAGAGAUUCGGCGAAGUCAUCAACAAUCCAGAGAUCAAGGGCCUGGUCGACAUCCUCCUCAAAGCCCUCAGCGACCCGACCAAGUACACCGACGAGGCGCUGGAAUCUCUCAUCAAGGUCCAAUUCGUGCACUAUCUCGACGCACCGUCGCUCGCCCUCGUCAGCCGCAUUCUCCAGCGCGGUCUCGGAGGUCGCUCCAGCACCAAGCGGAAGGCUGCCCAGGUCAUCGGCAGUCUGGCCCAUCUCACUGAACGGAGGGACCUCGUGGCCCAUUUACCUGUCCUGGUCUCAGGGUUGAAGACGGCGAUCGUGGAUCCGGUUCCGACGACACGAGCCACGGCAUCACGAGCACUGGGGUCUCUCGUCGAGAAGCUGGGCGAGGAUGCCCUCCCAGACCUCAUCCCGGAACUGAUGCAGACCCUCAAGUCGGACACCGGAGCGGGGGAUCGCCUGGGAUCUGCCCAGGCCCUCAGCGAAGUCCUCGCAGGAUUGGGUACGACAAGGCUGGAGGAGACUCUGCCCACUAUUCUUCAGAACGUCGAGUCUUCCAAGGCGGCCGUGCGCGAGGGCUUCAUGUCUCUCUUCAUCUUCUUGCCCGUCUGCUUCGGCAACAGCUUCGCCAACUAUCUCGGCAAGAUCAUUCCGCCCAUUCUCUCUGGGCUCGCCGAUGAUAUCGAGUCCAUCCGGGAGACGGCUCUUCGGGCCGGGCGCCUGUUGGUCAAGAACUUCGCCGUGAGAGCCGUGGACCUCCUGCUUCCCGAGCUCGAGCGUGGCCUCGCGGACGACAGCUAUCGAAUCCGGCUCAGCUCCGUCGAGCUCGUUGGUGCCCUGCUGUUCAAUCUUACGGGCAUCAGUGGUACUGCCGAGCCCGGCGAGGAGGACGAGGAGGCGGUCAAGGAAGCCGGCACUUCUCUGAGAGAGGUGCUUGGCGAAGAGAAGCGCAACAAAAUCCUAUCCGCGCUCUACAUAUGCCGCUGCGACACGGCCGGGGCGGUGAGGAGCGCCGCGGUUGGCGUCUGGAAGGCUCUGGUCUCGACCCCCAGAACCCUGAAGGAGCUUGUUCCUACCCUCACACAGCUCAUCAUUCGACGACUCGGCAGUUCGAACAUGGAGCACAAGGUCAUUGCCAGCAACGCCCUCGGAGAACUGAUCCGCAGAGCUGGCGACGGUGUCCUCUCCAGCUUAUUGCCAACCCUAGAAGAGGGACUUCAAACAUCGACCGACAGGGAUGCCAAGCAGGGAAUCUGUCUCGCUCUGAAGGAGCUCAUCUCAUCGGCAUCCCCCGAGGCGCUGGAGGACCACGAGAAGACGCUCAUCUCGGUCGUCCGGACCGCCCUCACGGAUUCCGACGAGGAGGUCAGAGAGGCCGCUGCCGAGGCGUUCGACUCGCUGCAGCAGAUCCUUGGCAAGCGUGCCGUUGACCAAGUCCUGCCGUUCCUGCUCAACCUGCUCCGUUCCGAGGAGGAUGCCGACAACGCCCUUGCCGCCCUGCUGACUCUCUUGACCGAGACCACGCGCUCGAACAUCAUCCUACCAAACCUCAUCCCUACCCUGAUUGCUCCCCCGAUCUCUGCCUUCAGUGCCAAGGCACUCGCAUCGCUAUCGAAGGUCGCCGGCCCGGCUAUGAACCGUCGCCUGCCGAACAUCAUCAAUUCGCUCAUGGACAACAUUAUCAACUGCACAGACGACGAGCUGCGCGUGGAUCUCGACGAGUCCUUCGACAUCGUCAUCCUGUCCAUCGACGAGUACGACGGGAUGAACGCAGUCAUGAACGUCAUGCUCCAGUUGACCAAACACGAGGACCACCGCAAGAGGGAGGCUACGGCUCGGCAUCUCGCCAAGUUCUUUGCAUCUGCUGAUGUCGACUACUCUCGAUACAACCAAGAUAUCAUCCGGGCUCUCUUGAUCUCGUUUGACGAUAGGGACGCCGGCGUAAUCAAGGCGGCGUGGGCCGCGCUGAGCGAGUUUACCAAGAAGCUCAAGAGGGAAGAGAUGGAGGCCUUGGUCCCGUCAACCAGGCAGACCCUCCUUCAGGUCGGCGUUGCCGGGCACAACCUGGCCGGAUUCGAACUGCCAAAGGGUGUCAAUGCCAUCCUCCCCAUCUUCUUGCAGGGUCUCAUGAACGGCACUCCAGACCAGCGGGUGCAGGCUGCCCUGGCGAUAUCCGACGUCGUCGAUCGAACCAGCGAGGCGUCGCUCAAGCCCUUCGUCACCCAGAUCACGGGUCCGCUCAUCCGUGUCGUCUCGGAGCGGUCGACAGAUGUCAAAUCGGCAAUCUUGCUCACCCUCAACAAUCUUCUCGAGAAGAUGCCCACCGCUCUGAAGCCGUUCUUGCCCCAGCUCCAGCGCACCUUUGCCAAGUCGCUUGCGGAUACUUCUAGUGAUCUUCUCCGCAGCCGCGCUGCGAAGGCGCUUGGUACGCUGAUCAAGUUCACUCCCCGCGUCGACCCGCUCAUCGCCGAGUUGGUCACCGGCUCUAGGACAACCGAUCCCGGUGUCAAGACGGCCAUGCUGAAGGCACUCUACGAAGUCAUCAGCAAGGCCGGCGCCAACAUGGGCGAGGCGUCGCGCUCCGCAGUUCUAGGCCUUAUUGACGUCGAGACGGACGAGCACGACGACAACAUGACAAUCACGAACGCGAAGUUGUUUGGCGCCCUGCUCAAGAACGUGUCGGGAGAAGUGGCCGUCGGUCUGCUGAAGAACCGGGUGAUGGCGAGAGACUUUAGCCACUCGAGCGUCUUGGCCCUCAACGCGGUGCUACUGGAGAGCCCGAAGGCAUUACUGGACUCCCCCCUGGUCGAUGACCUGCCUGAGCUGCUUUGCCAAGGCAUGACCAGCAAUCAUCCAUUCAUCGCCGACAACUUUGUUCUUGCCACUGGCAAGUAUCUCCUCAGCGACACACCCAAAGCAUUUGACGCUACAAAGCCCAUCUUCACGACACUGGCCACGAUAAUUCCGCCAGGAGGCCCGACCGACACUCGGCGUCUCGCACUGGUCCUCGUGCGGACCCUCUCUCGCGCCCACGCAGACAUGGUGCGGCCACAUCUCGGCCUCCUGGCCCCGGCCGUCUUCGCGUCCGUCCGCGACACCGUCAUCCCCGUCAAGCUGGCGGCCGAGGCGGCGUUUGUGGAGCUCUUCUCGGUCGCCGACGAGGGCGGCAAGGUGUUCGACAAGUGGAUCGCGGCGGCCGGCGCGGACCUGCCGCCGAACACGAAGCGCAGCAUUCAAGACUACUUCAAGAGGGUCGGCCUGCGGCUGGGGGCCCAGGUCAUGGAGAGGAGGGAGGCCGAGGGGGGCGCUGGCGGGCUGGGUCUGGCCAAUGAUGAGGUCGAGGAUGAGAAGGAGAUCUGGAGUGUGGGGAAGGUGGAUGUUGGAGCUGAUGUGUUUGGGAAGGAGUAGUAGUAGCCUGAGCCUGAAGCCUGAAUCUCUUAUCUGGGUGACAGCGCGGUGACUGGCAUGAGCUGGGUUCCUUCUAUGGGAAGGCACAUGCCCCAUGUGCCCUAGUUGAGGGCGAAACAAGUGUUGAUUCAUGUGCAUCAGAUAUGUGCUAAUGAUUAAAAAGUCUGUGGCUUACGAUGCGCAUUAUUCCGACCAUUUUCUAUUGAGAUUUUUAUCG